GUUUCUAUCAUGGCUCUGAUAAACAAAUUCUUAUGUCGCUACUCGAUCACCACGGGAGUAGUUGUGAUAGGAACCUCCUAUGUCAUAAUGGAUUUACUUCGCCUGUUCUAUCACCUGACUAUCUUCUAUUUCCCAGGGCCAAUUUUUAGACAUUGGUAUUUUGAAGACCGCAGCGGAGACGAGGUACAUGAUCUUAUCACUGUCACCAUGAUGAAGAAUCGCAUUCAGGUUUUGCUGGUCCUGGGGAUCGACCUUUUGACGGAUAUCGGAAGUUUGGUUACUUUCUUACUCAGUUUUUAGUCUGGAGUAAUAACCAUAGGAAUUUGGUUGUUGAAAACAAUCAUUUUCAUCCUCGUCUACUUGGUCGUUAUCCUGUCUCUAGUCUUUGCCUACAGCGAUCACAUUACAUUGGCCUUGGUUUUUGUUCCCAUAUUGGUUAUGGAAAUAUAUUUCCUGUUGAUUGUGGGCUUGCACUUAGUGAAUCUUCGUGAGCCGAGAGACACGACUGAGGAGAGCCCCGAUGAAACAGUCGUCUAAGUUCUGGAUGGUUUUAUGUGCUAUUAAAGAAUCCCUCGAAAAAUAAACACAAUCGUUAAAUUAACGAUUUGCCAUGUGAACAACUCGUUUAAACUGCAAAGCAAAAGAGUGCUGGCCGAAGUGCGAGGGAAUCGAGAUAUCGAGAUGGAGGAUAACCAGCUGGGAAUGCCCUUAGCCUAUCAAUGUUUCCCUUUCGCAAUUAACAUUUGUGGAACACACGUAAUUACAAGAUUACGAUAAGUGAUAAGCGGCGGCACCGGCAGAAGGAUGCGCAAGUUAUCCCAAAAGCAGUUGGACGGGUUCGCGAUGCUUUCCUUGUUGUUGCUCUUGUGGCAGUUGCACACACAUAUUAGCAUAUGCAAACCGC